AUGGCCUCUCCUUACGCCAUCACUCCGACCGACCGCAGCGGUGCGAUUGUGAUCAGUGCCACCCUUUUCAUGACCUGGAUGGUCUUAGUCUGCUUGAUCCGGAUCUACAUGCGAUUGGCUAUUAAUGGCCCCCCGGGCAUGGACGACGUUGCUGCCUGGGUGGGAGGAACUAUUGGCAUUGUACAGGUAGGAAUGGUUAUGGACGGCGUUUCCCAUGGGCUAGGAAAGUCCCAUCCCGGAGAUUUAGCCAGUAUGAUGAAGGACUUGUAUGUCGCCGAUAUUCUGUUCCUAGCAGGCCACUGCGCUGCGAAACUGUCCGUCGUUCUCCUUCUCAAACGCCUUGGACGGCACCGGGUAUACCUCCGGCUCUGUGUAUUGCAACUGGGAGCGAUUGUGCUGUGGGCAGCCGUAUCUACCCUGGCCGUGGCUCUGCGAUGCGAUCCCACCCACCCAUGGCAAUUGAAUAACUGCGGCUUUUUUGUCUCCGGCUGGCGAGCAAUCACCGCCUUCGACGUGAUCACGGAAGCCUUCCUACUGGGCUUAAGCAUACAUCUGGUCUGGGGGAUCCAGAUGCGCCGUAGCCAGAAAGCUGCCGUCAUCUUUGCCUUUGGAAUUCGAGUCCUAAUUGUGCUGCUCGUCGUGCUCCGCCAGGUCUACCUCAACCACAUUUCCGUUGACGAUACUUUCCUCGAUCUCUCGAAUGCGCUUGUUGUCACGGAGGUUCUCCUCCAUUGUAGCCUUAUGGCUGCGACUGUGCCGUGCCUCAAGCCCUUUGUCAUCGCCUUCAACACCGGCUGGGGUCAGGGCUCCCACAAUAAGGGUUCCCGUUAUCUCCGGACGGGGACCAGCGGGGGGGCCCGGUCUGUCUCCCAAUCUCAAUCCCACCUGAAGAGUGCGGACGACGAGAUCACGAUGAUCCCGACCGACGAAGACAUCCACGGCAAUGAGGCAGCGAACGGACACGGUCCCAUGCUCAUCCAUGAGACGCUUGAGUGGAACUUGCGUACGGAGUACAUUGAGAUGGCGGACCUAUAA